AUGAAUACCAGCAGCGAGUAUAAUGACCUCAUUGACCAGUGUGUCAUCGAUGCACGAAGUAAAAAUCUCACGGAUAUCUACACAACACCGGGUACACCGGAGCUUCUCUACGAUUCCGAGCAUAUAUUGCUAACCCGUAUCAUUCCAGCUACGAUUACAUGUCCGUUUGGUAUCAUACUCAACUGUCUGUUUCUCUACGUAGUAUUCAAAGUGUCAGCCAUGCGUACAUUGACGAAUAUGUAUCUAUCGAACCAAGCCAUCGUAGACUGUAUGUUUCUUAGCGUAUACUAUAUAGUGCAAGUCGGUGAACCGUUGUCAACAGAUAUCGUACACGAUAAAAGUUUUCUAGGACCAGUUGGAUGUUUUAUUGUGAACAUAAUACUGGAUAUUUGCCUCUUCGUCUCCGAGUUAAACAUACUUUUAGUGACCUUCGAACGAUACAUGGCAAUUUGUAAACCAUUCAAAUCGAUUAGAAUCAGUUCCAUCUCUCGCACAUUCAAAUUGAUCAUUCUUACGUGGAUCGUGGGUAUUAUUUUCGCUGCGCCGGUCACCCGUUUCUACACUGACUGGUACACUGUGUGCAUUAUGUGGCCAACAGACAGUGAGUUUAGUAAUUUGAAUAUGUCUUAUUCCAAUUGCUUCUCCGGAGUAAGAACGCCAAUCGACGGAGUUCUAUAUAGUCUAACACCGAUACUUGCCUUUGUUUUAGUGAUCUCGGUUAUUAUUAUACUGAAUAUUCUAACGACAAGGGAGAUCCGAAGGAGCGCUGGAAACUAUUCGAUCACGGCCCGUGACUUGAAACAGAGGCUUCAUCAGCAACGGCAGAUAGUGGUUAUGUUAGCGGUGACGGCGGGUGUGCUAUUCAUUUGCCUAUUGCCGUAUCAUUUAGAUCUGAUCAUUGGCUACUUAUACAACACAACACAUCCUAACAAUGUCAUCAUAAUGCCCCAGGCAUGGAAUGAACUGGUUCGGUGGCUGCCGAUGGUGAAUUCUUCAAUAAAUCCCAUUGUUUAUGGUAUAUUGAAUAAAAAAUACAGAAGAACGUUUCUCGCCACAUUUGGGUGCUGUGACAGUAGCCAUAGCAAAGCAAAUCGGCAGGAUUACGCGACUUGCACUAAAUUUUCACACACAGUAGAAACUAGCAACAAUUUAAAAAUGAUUUUACACAUUCCCGCAAUUCCUGAUAAUUCUUGCUAA